AUGAAUAACUGUACAGUGAACUUCACCACACCGGUUGAAUCUACAAACUCCACAACAAAUUCCUACGAGCUGCUCUAUAUUUUGAACAUGUGUAUGCACUGCAUCAAUUUCCUGUUUGGUCUUCCUACACACUCCUAUGUUAUAUGGCUCAUCAUCACAGGAACAGGAAAUGGAGUUGCAUUUGAGUUUGUUAUCCUCAAUCUCUCUUUUUCUGAAAUCGGUAUCUGCCUGAAUUCUGUGAUCUCUCUACUGUCAUUUUGGUUUUCAGGCAUCAUAAUAUUAAAUACAUUUUUAGUAGGACUAAUUAUCACUGGUCGUCCUCUGUUUCAGUGUCUGAUCUGUGUUGAGCGUUACCUGGCAGUGGUUCAUCCUGUAAUCUUUCUGAAGUACAAACCUCUCAGAUAUAGAGUAAUCGGCUGCACUUUGGCUUGGAUACUUAUUCUUGGAUCCUGUGUGUGCUGCAUGUUGACUGUAGCCUCACACUACAUUGUAUUUAUGUGGUUCAUUUUUCUACAGUUCCUCAUCUUCCUCUCCAUCCAGUUGUUUUGUCUUGUGGCUAUUCUCAGAGCUCUGAAGCAGUCAGGACCAGGAGAGAGAGGGAGAAUAAGAAACGAGGAAAACGACAAGAUAAGAAGAGUGAUUUAUCUCAUUCUAGUAACAACUGCAACCAUAGUUAUCAUAUAUGUGCCACUUGCUCUCACAGCGUUGUAUACAAUUGUGACAAAAGUAAUGAUUCAGGAUGUUUGGUUUCCUGCUGUAAUUUGUUAUAUCCUGGCUGGUUUUGUGCAGAGUGUUAUUUAUCUGAACCGGACUGGAAAACUCUCCUGUCUCUGUUCCUUAUGA